CGUCCUUACUCAUGCUUCCGCGGCCACUGCAUAAAAGUAGUAUGUUACAUGAGUGCAAGUAAUCAGUGGCCGCGGAAGCUGUGGGGACAUGGGGGGACGUUAACAUUGUAGAAUGGGGGGAGGGAGGGGUUUAUAUAACAUGGGGAGAUGAUGCAGACAUCAAGCAACCGUAUGGACAUUAUUGUCCCUCUGUCCCCACCAACGCUUCCGCGGCCACUGGUUGCCAUAGGACGCUACUAACAAACCGUCAACAUUUCGUCCCCCAUAAAAUUCGAUUUUUUCGCACACUCGUCGCCAAAUUCGGUAAAAAUCAAUACCAAAAAUUCUCCUGGGGCCCGUCAUGUCUCAAAAAAAGCAUGACUCCGAAGAGGACGAACUCCUCCAACGCUUCAUCCACCUGGAUCGCAUCACUCGGCGGGAAUCCUCGAUCCGAAUGCGGUCACAUGAUCCACCCCAGGUGGCGCCCUCCUUUAAACGACGCCCGCCCGACGCCACGUCCUAUUCGCCGGAGGAACUCCAGCGCUUGGAAAAAUGCUUCCUGCUCGCCGACCACGACGGGGACGGGAAGUUGAACGCGCUGGAGUUGAGUUACUGGUUGGAAAAGCACCAUUAUCCCGUCAGCCGGGUAAAGUUGGGUCAAAUCCUGCGCAGCGCGGAUAACGACCGCGACGGGGCGCUGUCUUUCAAAGAGUUUGUCCAAUUUUGUGAGAAAAUUGGGCUCAAAGAGGACAAAAAUUCGGGGGGCGAGGAGGAGGAAACGUUUUACGAUUGUUUGGAGGAUUUGGGUGGUGGUGGACCGGAAGUGGUGGGGGGACGGGGAUUUGCGCCGACGAGGAUGAUGACGGAGACGAUGAAGAAGUAUAACUUUACGAUGCAGGAGAGGAACUACAGUUUGCAUCAGUUACGACAGUAUCGUUUGGCGUCGUUGGGACAUGAAGCGUUCGAGGAACAGAUUCGACGCUGCGAACAAGGACAAUGUAGCCGUGUAAAGAAGGCUGAGCAUCGUGAAGAGGUGGUCGUGAUGACGAGUGGUGGGGCAGGAUUUAAUUUGGACGAGCUUCGUGGCGUGGUGAAUCAUCCAAAGGAGGAAGUGAGAAAGGGGCGUGGUUGUGGUUAUCUUGCGGGCCAAGAGGAUAAGGGGCAUGUACAUGAUAAGACACAUUUUCGGACGGAACUGUUCAUCACGCUGACGUACGGAGUUGGACAUCAUGAAAUUGGACAUGACCACGAUAAGGAAAUCUCGAACGAUAAGCAUCACUUCAAUUUGUCUGAACACGACCGAAAUUCACAUGAAAAUUUGCACGAACACCACCGAAAUUCACAUGAAAAUUCGUAUGAAUACCACCGAAAUUCGCACGAGCAUCAUGAGAAUUCGCAUGGAAAUUUGCAUGAACACUCUACGCAUGAGUACUUCGAAAAUUCGCAUGAAAAUUUACACAAAACCCAUCGAAAUUCGCAUGAGCAGCAUGAAAAUUCACAUGGAAAUUUACAUGACGUACACUACCGAAAUUCGCACGAAAAUAUGGAUGAACAUCACCGAAAUUCGCAUGAACAUCAUGAAAACUUGCAUGAAAAUUUACACGAAGGCCACCGAAAUUCGCAUAAUGAGGAUCACAAAAAUUCGCAUGAAAAUUUGCAUGAACACCACCGAAAUUCGCAAGAGCGCCAAGAAAAUUCGCAUCAAUCCGGUCACAACUCCCACUCGGAUGAAAUCCUGCUCCCCAUGAACCCAUCUUCUCACCAUAAAUUCGAACAAGAGGUCUUUGUGGAAAAUAAUAAUGCUAAAAAGCGAUCCUCCUCCAAACCUGUCCCCCCACUUCGUGCCUCUUCCCUCCCCACAAACCCCCCGCAGCCCCAGCACCACCACCAGGCCUCCGUCCAGGAGGAAGUGUACGAACAUUUCUACGGGACACAUCCCAGUCCUGAUUUGGAGGACGAUUUUGAAGGAGUCAGGCUCGCCGAGCGGGGCUGGGACAAGGACAAAACGCACUGGGAGUAAAGGAAAUUUCUGGUUUAAACAGAGUUCAAAAUUACGAUUAAUA